ACAGAUAUCAAUCAUAAAUGCAACUAGUAGUUUGGGAGUAUUGAUCGGUUUGUAUGAGCGCAGACGACAGUCGGGUUCCUUCAGAAAACAGGGACAAGAUGCCAUGGACAGACGCUAAGCCAGUGGGCUGGGGAGGCGGGAGUUUCUGGGAGACGAGUCGGUCUGUGUCCCGGGAUCAUCGUGCGGCAAUAUUCGGGAGCACCAGUGGUCCUAGAGGGUUCUACGUCAUACACCCCGACUGGACCUCAGAAUCCUUGUACUUGAGCAAACCUCUAUACACCGCCAGGAGUCGCAGCGCAUGGGGGUGGGAGCGCCCCAAAACUCACAAAAAUAUCAACGGGGUGCAGAGCUACGUCAUGCCAAAAACGCCAAGAGUGCCAAAGGAAUCGCUAAGAUCGACAAGAAUGACGAAAGGGGACCUCGAAUCUCUUCGUUCUUAUUCAAGAUGAAACUGAAAGUGUAAAAAGUGUGAUUUGAAUGAAAACAAUGGAGGAAAACACGUUCUAAAUGCAUUAGUUGUUCUAGUGGUAAAGACGGACUAGUUGUUUGGGAAAUGGGUUUGUUGCGCUCAGCUUAUAAACUGAGAUAAAACAAAAAAGAUAUGAACGUUAUAAUAUGGACAGUUUGCUCAGUGUAACAAGAUGAUUUGCUCAUAUGUAACGCUUAUAAACUGGUUACUGUGGUAAUACAAGGUUCGUUGAA